CAUUCAAACAAUACCUCGAUAUGGAAGAGAGAGCUCGUAUCCCCGUUGGCCUACCUCGAGCAAACCCAACCACAUCAUAUUGGCAAGACCCACCAGAUGAGAUAGCGGAUCUGCAGAGCACAAAAGAUUUGCCAAAAUAUGCCGACUACAUCAUCAUUGGAAGUGGUAUCAGCGGUGCAGCCAUAGCCUACAACUUGAUCAAGCGGAAACCAAACAGCUCCAUCUUGAUACUGGAAGCGAGACAGGCAUGCAGUGGAGCCACAGGUCGGAAUGGUAACUUGAGUUCCAUUAUCGAGACUGGUUUGAAGAACUUACUGAUGNGCGGUCACACAAAAGCAGCAAGCUAUCGCAGCUUCCUUGAACACGAAGCCGAGUACGGACUAGAAGAUGCCAUCAAGAUUGCUCGUCUCGAAUACGCCAAUAUCAGAGAAACUCACGCCUUGGCUCGCGAUCUGAAUAUUGAUUGUGCAUCCACACCCUGCGACACUGUGGAUAUCAUUUAUGAUGCGACAAACCUCGCACGAGNNGGAAAAAAAGCCAUUGCCAGGAUGCAAGAGACCAUGGGCCCCAAUGACCCAGCAGCAAAGUAUAAGAUCUUGUCUGCAGAAGAGGCAAAGGCAAAAUACCAUACUCCUGAUGCUUUGGGAGCAUUUGUAUAUGAAGCAGGGAGUCUCAGCUCAUAUCGCUUUACCAUAGGACUGCUGAAGCAUUGUCUCGAGACAGGUGUAAAUUUGCAGACUAACACGCCAGUUGAAGUCAUGAAUCCAAUCGAGAACUUCAAUCCCAAGGCACCGAGAUGGAUAGCAAAGACACCCAGAGGCAGUGUCGAGACUGCCAAUCUAGUGCUUGCGACGAACGGGUACACUGCGCACUUGUUACCGCAGAUGCAAGGUAUCAUCGUUCCUCUGCGUGGACAAAUCACUGCACAGAGACCAGGCUCCAGAUUGCCUGGUUUGGAUACGACUUACUCUUUCAUCUAUGCUCAGGGGUAUGAAUACAUGAUUACCCGACCGGUGGGUACUUCGGACGCCGGCACUGUCAUCAUCGGUGGUGGACUUGGAAGACUGCCCAAUGCAGGUGCGUCCGAGUAUGGAAACACCUUGGAUACACACUUGAAUGAGGAAAUCUCGACCUACCUUUACGACUGCACGGCAGGCUACUUUGGCGACAACUGGGGCGAUGAUGCGAGCAAAGGAAGGAUCGUCAAGGAAUGGUCAGGGGUCAUGGGCACGAGUGCUGAUGGAUUACCAUAUGUUGGAGCCAUACCGGGGAUGCCAGGAGUAUUCAUCUGUGCCAGCUUCAAUGGUCAUGGCAUGGUCAUGUGUCUCAAGUCGGCAGAGGCACUGGUUGAUAUGAUGGUUGGUGACAGAGUCGUAGGGUGGUUUCCAAAGGCGCUUGUGGUGACUGCUAAGAGGCUCGAGAAGACGUUUCAGGGGAGGUUGGAUAUGCGUGCGCCUGGCGAGGCUCUGUUCGAUCGAUCGACUGUAGACAAG